GUCAUCAACAUUUGGUCGUCAUCCAGCCAUUCAUCAUUAUUCACAUCAUCGUGAUUACUACAUCCAGCCACAAAGAGGGGGGACUGGGAUUGAUUGACCCUGCCAUCCGCUCAUUCCCCCGCGUGCGUGUGUGCGUGUGGGUCAAGGCGGAAAGGCCGAUGGAAGGACUGGACUCGAGUCACAUUUAGACUUGAACUGGCGGCGGACUGGCCGCCCCAAUCACCCAUUGCUCCUUCUCCUCCUCCUCCUCCCGGGAACCAGGAUCCGGGGACCAGGAUCACCCACCCGCAAAUUCCGUAUGACGUGCAUCUACCUGGACCAAACGGAGGUCGAUAUGAUGAUCAACCGAAGGGUGGGACCGGCCGGAGCGCCGCCCUCCAUGGGAGAGAGUGCCAACAGUGAAUGGAUCGAAAUUCCAUGGAGCCCAAUCCAACCCAGUUCAGUCCAGCCCGGGCCCCAGGAGGAACCGGCGGUGAAGUAGCUCGCCCUCCACGAUCCCAACCAUCCCAACCAUCCUAACCAUCCCUGACUGACUGACUGACUGACUGAUUAAUGAGCAGAAUCGGCGCCUGAGUCCAGGUGUGUCCAGUCUAUUAUUGAUAGGGAGUGUGUCUGAAAACGUGCGCCGAGGACCAGUCCCCGUUCCCUGGGCCGGAACAGGCUUGUGCGCUUUGUCCGGUGGGAUUCAUCAACACACGUCCAUUGACCCACGGAUCUCGGCCUCUCUCUUUCUUUCCCGGCCAAGGAUUCACGGAUUCACGGAUUCGCCGAUUCAAAGCCCCGCCCUUCUGGUCCGGCCUGACCAUUGGCUCUGCGCCUAGUGAGCUCCCACCCCUCGACAUGGCUCAAGCCGGGAUCAGAAACGCCAGCCCCAGUCAGCCUUGGUUGAGAUACGGUUGGACUGGCUUCUUGGUCAUCUGGCUCAUCUUGGGCUGGGGCUCGGCACACGCCGUGCCCGAUGGCAUAGCCAUGGCUGUCGCACCGCUCACUGAUUUGCCUACCGACCCGUGGGAAGGGUCGGCUUGGUCGGACUAUGACACCGAUACCGAAGACGAUGAGACGCCCGUGUCUUGGGAUCCGCUCGACCGGGUCCCCGAGUCCACCCAUCGGUCCAUUGGGCGCCAUGAUCCCGAGUCUCAGGGCUCCUGGGUCGUGCCUACGCGCGUUAUUCCGGAUCUGCAGAGCCCGGUUCAGCUCCACCCCUCUCAGGGUCCUGGUCCGCCCGCAGCCGAGGCCCCAUACCCGGCUGGCGCCACGUCGGACCAAGUUGUUCCGCCGGAUGAUAUUGGUUUCGAGCACGAAACGGGCUCGGGUCAAUUGCCGUUUGAUUUGGACGCGCCCCAUCUGUCGUUGCAACCCACGUCCGACAUGUACCAUCCUUCGGGGCGCCAAGACGUGUCCGGGGCCAUGGCCGCCACCCCCGAUUUACCCGGCACCCUACGCCCCGUGCCACCUCAGUUGCAAAUGAGGCUCAAAAAAUUGCCGGCGAUUGCCGGUCGCAUCACGAGGUGGACCAUCCCAGAAGGGACGUUUUUCGAUCCUGUGCAGGGUGGUACCCGCAACUUGAGCCUCUUCCUCCAGUUCCAAAAUGGUUCCAGAAUUCCGCCCCGCUUUUGGCUUCAUUUCCAUGUCCCAACCCACGAAGUCACAUUGAUGCCCGUGGACGAAAAUAUGAUUGGCCGUUGGUCUUUCGUUUUGAUUGCACGCAAUCUGGCCGGACUGGAGGCGCGGGACAUUCUUCAAGUUGUCGUCCGGCAAUAUCCCGGUUCACGUGUUGUCAAUCACAUGUUUAUGGCCACCUUUUCACAAGCGCAGUCUAAUCCCACUGAUCCCAACUACAAAUGGAAGAUGCUCGCGUUGAUGGUAGACAUUUUCAAAGACCGGAAUCUGAGGCAGAUGUUGAUUCGCUCCAUCACCGAGUUCCCGCUAACAUUUGGAUGGACCAAUACCACAUAUUUAAGCAGUGCUUGUCCCAGGCCAGACAUUCAAGAUCAAUACAGCUUCCUGCAAAGCCAAUUCCGACGUCCAGACUCGGAAGUAACGUCCGCUUUAAACCGCUUUGGUGUACGAGUGGAACAUCUAGAUAUGACUUUCUACGGACCGUGUCUUGUGGAAAAGGCAAUUCCGGCCAAGGCGAACCACUCGACCAACAUGGGGUCCUACUACAUGAACAGCAUCAACAACCAAGAUAAUGAGGUCCCGGUCAUACGGAAUCCCAUCGAUCGUAUCAACGUAACAGCGGGCGAACUUCUCCGCUUUCAGGUGCCCAAGGAUACCUGCUACGAUCCGGAUGAAGGCGACUCUCGGACUUUAACUCUUCAGUUGCUCUCCGUGACUCGAAAGGAGCUGGCUAAGCACUCGUGGCUUCAAUUUCACCAAGCUAAUCAGGAGUUCAUUGGAGUACCACUCGAAGAGGAAGUGGGUCGGGAAGAGUACCAAUUAGUGUGUUCGGAUAGCAACGGACUCAGUGCCAUUGAUGGCGUGGAAGUGCUCGUUUCAAACCGGCCAUUUACGGAGAAGAUCAAUAUCGAGUUUGCCUUCCAAUUCUCAAAUCCCAUUCAACAGCUUCGCGUGGUCCUCUUCAACAAAUUGUCACAACUGACAUUUCCAGGCAACGUCGUUCUCCGGGCGGUCGACAAGUUCUCGGUGGUAUGGUUCGACAAAGAGUUUAACCGAGAUGAAUGCAAUUUAGAUCUCAUCAGGAACGCUUCGAGUCGAUAUCUCGACGACAAAGGGUUACCCAAAGACCAUCUGAAGCGAUUGUUCAAGCCCUUGGAACUAAGUCAUAUCAAGAUCUUGAGUCACCGGAGUUGCAAUUGGACUCUAAAUGCCGUUCCUCCCACCGACGUCACAACCAAAGCGGGAGAGAAUCUAUACAGCUUCCACGGGAUCAUCAUUGCUAGUGACUACUUGCUCACUUUCUUUGUGCCUGUACUCAUUAUUUUCUUCAUGGUGGUAAUUGCCUUGGCCUUGGCCAUUGCUCUGCAUCGACGGCGACAAGCUGGAAAAUUGAACCUCUUUUUCGCCGAAGCCAUGCCCCCCCGACUGCCCGUGAUUCUCAAGAAUGAUUUGUUGGAAAGGGACGCCCACUCACUCAACACGGGCCUCUUUCCGGGCGGAAGCCAUCAACUCGACGCAGACGGCGACUAUUUACAUCAUCCCAAUCAAGAAAUGUCAGAGGAGAGCCAAUUCAUGGUGUCACCCUACGAUGCUAAAUUUGUUACCAAAUCUCGCCCUGCGCCUGCCUACUUGUCAUAAAGUCCAUAUUGUUCCUCAGCUAGCAAUUAAGUCAUAGUUAGUAGAUUGAUGUGCUCCCACCCCUGCUUGGUAUUUGUAUCGCCGUUCGUUAUCUAUUGUCGUCACCAUUUACCCGGGUAGUUGUUACCCAAUUUUGAUAAAUGUAAAAGAAAAUCCAUACCCAAGAAAUAAAUCGGUGACCGCUGAA